UAUGGCGUCCUGGUGGAAGGCUGUUCAAAUAUGUUGACGUUAAACUGGAAAUAUUUCCGUUUUAGAUGUUUGUUCAGUUAGUGUAGAAUGUCAGAACCAAAAAGGAAUACUUUGACAUCAUUAAGUACAAAUAAGAAGGAGAAGAAAAGUAAGGAAUUAUUAAAAACGGUGCGUUUUACACUUGGUUUGCCCGAAUCAAAUGAAGAGGCAUGCCCAGAGUUCCAUUACAGUGCUCUACUCAAUUCUGCAGAGAGGAAGAGGAAAGCAAAACUGAAAUCAGAUGGGCAGGUGAAUGGUGUUGAUCCGCUAGCUGAAGAUGAUGAUGACAGACUGAAAGAAAUUGCAAGGCAGUUUGAAGAGAAAUAUGGAGGUGCAGGUAAAAAGAAGCACGGCCGGUAUGAAGAUUACGUUGACCUUGGUGCCGGAUAUGAUGAAACGGACCCAUUUAUCGACAACACUGAUGCUUAUGAUGAAGUUGUUCCUGAGGAGAUGACUACAGCACAUGGUGGCUUCUACAUUAACUGUGGUGCUCUGGAGUUCAAAGAGAUUUCUGACCAGUCAGACGCUGAGGAGUUGAAGGAACUGAAAACAAAGAAACGAUUGAAGCGUUCUUUAAUUCUGCCUGAGGAGGAAGUAGAUGAAGAAGGGAGAAAGGUUGCUAACAGUGUUCAGAUUAAGAAACCGAAACUGCAGGCAGUGGAACAGAAGGACGAACUGCUUAAGAAGAGGAAGCUUCUGUCACAUGACCGGGAAAUUCUUAAGAAGAAAAAGAAACGUGCCAUUGAUGAUUUGGUUAAGAAGAAAUCUGUUACAGUGAAGGAUUUGCUGAGGGAGAAACGAGAGUCCUUAGAGUUGGGAACAGCAUCUGGUGUGCAAUUAUCACCAGAACAGAAGAAGUCAGCUGCACUGAAUCCUGCCUCUGUCACAAAACCAUGUAACACAUCCAUCACUGAUAUCAUUGAGUCAGUGGUGAGUGCGGCUCGAGAGGAUGAUACAAGCAAAGAUAGCGGAAGUUCCAUCUCAAAGUCAGGUUCACUAAUCACUACAGACUCUGAAGACAGUCAGGAUGUGGAGGACAAGGAGAAAGCCUCUGCAAAUGAAGAAGUGAAACUUCCAGAUCAUUUGCAGGAGGAUUUGAAAGAAUUGCUUGUGGCAUUGAAGAGGCGGGCAGCUGAAUCGUCAGCAGAGGGCAAGUGCAAAUUUUUUUCCACCGAGGUCAACAAUAUGCUUCUCAAGGUGGAGCACAAAUGUCGAGCUUUGCCAUGCAGUGGUCGCCAAGCUGUGUAUGGCCAUUUGGCAGCUUACCUCCCUUGCACGAAGGACACCCUCAUUAAGAGGGCCAAGAAACUUCUGAUUAAAACUGAAGAAGAUAAAAUUUAUGAGCCAAUGACGAAAUUGAAGAGUGUAAUUGAUAGAAUGAUGCCAUCUGUUCUAGAGAAUUUUUCGAAAGAAUGCCAGAGAGUUGCUGAUGAAAACCCACAAAUAUACUGGGAGUUGUAUAGGUACUACUGGAGCAUUGAAGAAUUGCCAUCACCGAGUAGUGACAGUGAAUUUGGGGAAGGCGAGAAUAAAACUGCAAUUCAGAAGUCCAAAGUUCCUAGGAGGAAGUUUCCAUUUACACAUGAAGUUAGGUCACUGCUGUGUGAAGUGGUCCGCAUCAAACUGCAGUGCCUGGAACUUGCUAAAUCUCGCAAGGAGUCAGCUGAUCUAAAUCUACGCAACUUUCUGGAGACAGAAGUGAAACCUCUUUGGCAGCCCGGUUGGAUGAAAGUGUCCACACUGCUGCGGGAGACCAGGGAAGUCCACGCUAAUGCCGUUUUGAAGCCGAAGAAGUCUGCGCCAGUUAAGAAGCUUGCAGCGAUGCCUCCAUUGUCCCACGGGCCUGCAACUAAUGUUGCAAUGCAAUCUAUCACUGCCUUUUCACAAAGUUCUACUGCCAAUAGCAAUGCAAGAAUGAAGACAUCUCCGCCGGUAUCCAUCACGAUGACACCAGUGCCCUUAGCUUCUGGCGCUGGCACUUCUACCUCCCAAGUACCAAAUACUGCCAAAAUGAAGUCUGCUGUUACUUCAGAAGCAAGUUCAGUGUUUCCUCAUGGUGUUUCAUCAAAUGUUACGAUGAGGACUAAGUGUUCAACAGUAUCCUCACAAAAUGUUAAUUCUCAGUUGCAUUUGGUGUGCUCCAGUGUGCCCGCGCUGUCAUCUGUCUCGCCUAGUUAUAUCACUAGCAACGUUCGUAAUUCUCCCGCUGUUACAAACUCGACUAAACUGUCUAGUUUGCAGUUGGCCACGUCACCUUCAGUUCCUAGUAGGAACAAAACUGGCAGUGAUGUUAAAGUAGCCAAAUUCUCAAGCUCAUCAGGGAAGAACAGUCCUAGUUUUCAAUCUGAGAAACAGCUUCCCCUACCAAGUGUUAAGCAGAAACUAACUGUUGACAGAAUAUCACCUAAAACUCUUGAUUUAUCAACUUCCAGUGUAAGUAGGCCUGUCACAGUUAGUAGUAUCAUGAGUAGUCCUAGUAAACCUAAAAGUAAUCCUGUUGAACUAGUUGCGUCAUCAGGUGGUGUUCAGAAGUCAGUUGCAAUGACGUCGUUACCAUUAAUGAACAUUCCUGAUUGCAUCAGUGUCACCCCUUCAUUGUCGUCGCCAUCCCUUGCUUCAGUUACAUCAUCUGCGUCACCGCCCAUCAUGACCCCUUCAAAAUCAAUGAUGAGUCUCAAGCAACGGAUACUUCAUGACACGAGUUUGGACCGACCUAGCAUUAUCAAAGCGAGUCCUGUGUCCGCAGUGGUGAAGGUAGAAGAUGAUGGGAUAGAAGUGAUCAAAAUAGUUAAAGAUGCGCGUAAGGCCGAAGGUUCAAAGCCAACUAUUAAACCAGUAGGGAAGAGUGAGAAUGUGACACAGUUAAAAACUGAAGUCAGAAAAAAGAAGACAGAAGUUCCAAAGGAUCAGGUUUCCCCUGUAACAGCCACUAUACGUACCCCUCUAGAACAACAGUCUGCUUCUGUUAUCUCAUCAGCAACUCCGUGUCAUCAGGAAAAGGAAGUGGAGAGGCUGCUUAAAGAGGAGGAAGAGACGGCGGCUGCCGCAGACUUCCUCAGCCAAAUCAACGAAUCUCUGAAGAACUUUCCAAAUUCAGCAACUACUGCAGGCAGUCGUGAUGUUUAUCACCAUGAAGAUAGAUUGAUGUCGUGUGAUCAGGAAAAUUCAGUGUAUGUAAGUCCCAAGAUAGAUUGUCUUUUGCCACCAUCUGGCUUGUCUCCCUCCUCUGAUCAGAGAGGAAGCGCUUCACAUGGUGGAGAAGAGAAAGAUAAGUCGAAUAAUAUGAAAGGAACUGAUCUGAAGAAGGAAGUGGAACAGACUACUGUGCAGGGUGAUGAAGAGUCUGUCCAGAUGGAAGUUGAUCGUGUAAUGAAGGAGUUAAUAGAACUGCAAGGACAUUUCAAUACUAAGAAAAGCCUUGAUACUGUUGAUUUAGAAUAUUCCUCCACAAAAGCAAAAGUUCCCCCAGUCACAACAAAUUGUAGUUCUGUAUCGGUGACAGUGAGUGUGCCAAGCAGGAUGCAGCAGUCAAAACCAAGUAAACUGCAUUCAGAGAAUCCGGCACCAGCCUCGGGAAGGCGCCCAUCAACUGGAAGUACAGACCUGUCCAAGCUGAGCUAUGGUUUUCAAGAUGAAUUCCAAAAGCAUUUGUUCCAGGAAACAGUGAGCAAGCAGGAACUUGAGGUUCCAAACAGUUACAAGCCGGCAAGGAGUAAAGGUUCCAUGGCUUACUCUGAGGGCAAUCAGGCAGCUGUGCAUAGUGCGAUUUCCGGCAAACAUAAUCAGAAUUCUUCCUUGGAAGGAUGUGUGGCUGGCUCACAGUCAAGAAGUUGCAGUAAUACAAAUUCUGCUACACAUUAUCCAAAACUGAUGAGUGUAAAUAUGGACUCAUUCACUGGACCUCCAUAUGUGAAUAGGAUGCCAACUUCUCUGAGUUCUUUUUUACAAGACACAUCAAAUGCUCACAUGCCUCAGUCAGGUUCCAACCAACAUUCCCCCCCAUAUUAACUCAACUGCCAGAAUGUUUGGAGUAUCGUAGCCAGGCACGAAGAUGUGAUGGGUUGUGUUCAAGAAUACAUGUAUGUGUGUGAAUAUCUGGAGGAUAGUGCCAAUAUAUUAUGUAAUAAGUGAACAGUGGUAUUGUUGUAGAACAACAAUGAAGUGAAGGUAGUGUAACCAUGUGAUUUCAUAUGUGCACGUAUGUAAAGAAUGAUGUAAUAGAUAUAUAGAAUGGUAUGAUAUUUGAAUUAUUAGAACAUUUUGACAUAGUGUCUUGGCCUUUCUACUGACUCUUAACAAACGUGGCAGCAUUAUGAAAUCAUGUUUAACAGUUUCAUUUUGUAAAUUUAUUAAAUCAGUGUCGAUUGCGUUUUAUCUUGGAAAGUUUUUUGUAUAGUAUUUUUUUUUUCCUGUGAUUUAUCAGUUGAGAUGUUUGUUGCAGAUUAUGAAGUGAUAUGAAGAUAAGUUAACUAUUGACUUUUUAAAUCAAGGCAGUUAUAUUUAUACCUAAAUUAAAACUGUCCUUAUGUAUAUUUACAAUAAAAUGUGAAGUAUUCUAA